AUGGCAGAGGCAGUGGGAUAUCAGCAAACUGUUCCUGCACAAAUUGUUGGGAGAGUAUUUGUAGAGAAAUACUACACCAUUCUGCGUAGCUCGCCGGAGUUGGCUCAUAAAUUCUAUAACGACAAGAGUGCCAUCCAUCGUGCCGAGGAGGAUGGCUCCAUGAGCGUCACCACAACCUGUCAAGCCAUCAAAGAGAAGAUUGUCUCGCUCAACUAUGGGGACUUAAGAGUUGAGAUCAAGUCGGUGUAUUCAUUGGAGUCUUUUGUAGGUGAAGUUCAUGUUGUUGUCACUGGCCAUCUCGUGGGGCAUGACAAUGUAGUUAAAAGUUUCGCCCAACACUUCAUUCUUGCUCCACAAGAUAAUGGCUACUUUGUUUUAAGCGACCUUUUACGGUAUGUGGAUAUUGCCAACGGGAACCCAACUUUAGGAAGUGAUAUUGUGGUGCGUCCGAUCACAACACAAGAAGAAGCUUACAGUCCAUCAGAGGAUGGUGACAGUGUGUUCUUUGGUGGAGUAGAGGUUCCAAGAUCCAAUUUCGCUGAUAAGCUGAUGCAUCUCAAGGGAGCUGCUGCAAGUUUUUCUCCCCCUCCAAUGGAUCCUGCAUUUCAGAUAUCCCCCUCCAUUUGGUCUGCUGCAAGUUUUUCUCCACCUCCAAUGGAUCGUGCAUUUCAGGUAUCUCCCUCCAUUUGGUCUGCUGCAAGUUUUUCUCCCCCGCCAAUAGAUCCUGGAAAAGCAACACUAAACAGCGGACACAAUCAAAAGGCCAAUUAUUGCUCAAUAUAUAUGAGGAGGCCUCCAAAGAAUGCUACUGAGACGUCACUUGAAGACGUGUUUAAGAAAUUUGGGCUUACUCUGAAAUACAAAAAUGAAGCUAAAAGCAAGAGGCUGAUGCAUCUCAAGGGAGCUGCUGCAAGUUUUUCUCCCCCUCCAAUGGAUCCUGGAAAAGCAAUACUAAACAGUGGACACCAUCAAAAGGGUGAAGGCUUGAUUUCAGAAUUGUUCUAUAUGCAUGUUCAUUUUUCAUGUACUUGCCUUUAG